AUGGCUUCUCUCAAUCUCUCGUCCAAUGGCCCCUCGAUAUCGAAAAGCUACCAGACAGUGGUGAAUGCACCACCUCCUUCUGGGAAUGGAGGGUCUCCGACUUAUGGCCAAUGGGCGGUCUAUUCAGUUUCUACCCCGCUUGUCAGUGCCUUCCAGCAAGAUGGAGGUAAGGAGAGUGUCCUUAAGGUCCAGAGCACCGGAGAGGGUGAAUUGGCCGAUCUCAUCGAGGAAUUUUCCGAAGGACGAGUGCAAUUCGCCUAUGUGAAGGUGACGGAUUCCAACACCGGUCUUCCCAAGAACGUUCUCAUUGGCUGGUGUGGAGAAGGUGUACCGGAACGAACAAAGGGUUACUUUACCAGCCACCUGGCUACAGUUGCCAAGUUCCUUCAUGGAUACCAUGUGCAGAUCACAGCCCGAGCAGAUGGGGAUCUAACCCCCGAGGGAAUCGUCCAGCGGGUAGCAGAUUCCUCCGGCUCCAAAUAUUCAGCAGGCGAGGCUUCUGCCCCGGCCCCAGCCCCCCGGCCUGCUGUGGCUAGCAAGCCUGCUUUCACACCGACUCGAUCUGGGGGUGUCACCCCCAGCACAGCUGCCCGCGUACAGCCCACCCCUUCAAGAGCUGGUUUGAAUGAUGAUGGAUGGGGUGCAGAUGCCCCUCCCGUGACUCGCACCCAAUUGGAGAAGGUACAAUCGGCUUACCAGCCCACUAGAGUGAACCUGCAAGAACUCAAGGCAACCCCCACUGCGAGUCGUCAACCUGCCGCUACUACCUCGGAUGAUUCUAGCGAUGUGGUUAGAGGUGGUUACCAGCCUGUGGGUAAAGUCGAUAUUGCUGCAAUUCGGAAGCAAGCUGCCGCAUCCGGUCAACUGAAAGAUGAGCGCCCGGCAACUAUCAAAGGCUCUUAUGAGCCCGUUGGCAAAGUUGACAUCGCCGCUAUUCGAGCUAGAGCACAGAAGCCGGAAGGCGCCAGUGACAACGUCCUAUCGAGCACCGUAGUCAACCAACAGCCAACAACGUUGCCCGAGCGACCUGCGCCCUCCAAUGCCUCGGAGCGCUUGACCACCCUACCCAAACCAAGGGUUGCCAACAAGUUUGGCUCUAGCCCCUCCUUCCCAGGAACAAAGCCACCCCUCCCAAUUGCUCUCGAGCCUAAGCCAAGCUCGAGUGCGCAGAUUGGAGCUGCAAGCCGAACUUUUGCCGAUGAGGGAGGCAAGACACCUGCUCAAAUUUGGGCAGAGCGUAAAGCCAAGGAGCGCGGAGUGGCUUCAUCGUCUGGAAACACUGAGAGUGCCUCUACUCUUGCCCCGAUUCAAAACCAAACUAGUGGCCAGGGUGAGUGGAAGAGCUCCUAUGCGGGCAAGUCCUGGGCUCCCGUUCAAACCGCACAGGAGAAAUCAUAUAUUCCUGAGCAGUCUAUUGAUGCAAAUGCCGAUGAUCAACAAGAGGAUGAACCACAACCUCAUGUGAGUGGUAUUCGUGACCAAUUCGCUCAUGACGCGCCUGCGCCCGCGCCACUCGCUCCUCCUGCUCCACCCGUUCCGCAGGCCAGUCGCCCUGUUCCUGUACCGGGGCUAUCCUCUGGGCCCGUCGACUCCGAGCCCGAGCAUGAUGCCCACCAGCCUCUUCCUACUCCCCCACCGCAGCCUCGCUCCCCAACACCUCCCACUCCCCCGGUGCGUGAGAGCUCGCCGAUCCAGAUUGCCAUGCCGGUUGGCCACAGUGCUGCCGACAGUGUUGCGGAUGUCCACGAGGAACAACAUUCUCCUCCCCCUGCUAUGCCUGUUCGGAGCCUCCAAGAGGUCGUUCCAGACGAAAGGGAUAUUGAGGAUGAUUCUCACGACCUCGGCCGUGCUGCGGCCGAAGCAACCGCUCUUCAGCAUCCCGAGCAGCCCCAAGGCGGACCGCGAGCUCAGAUCCAGUACGACUACGAGAAGGCCGAGGAUAAUGAGAUUGAAUUGCGAGAGGGAGAGUAUGUGACCGACAUUGAAAUGGUGGACCAGGAUUGGUGGGUGGGUGUCAAUACUCAGGGUGAGCGUGGUCUCUUCCCCGCCAACUAUGUGGAGAUUGUGGAAGACAAAGAACCUGUGUCACACCCACCGGCCGGUUCCCACCAUUAUGAAGCAGAGCCAGAGCCUGCUGCUGCCCCCGUCCCGGCCGCACCCACUCCUGUCGCUGCCGCUGCACCGUCGGCGACUACUCCAAGCUCCAAGGGUGUCACGGCCACAGCUUUGUAUGACUAUGAAGCCGCCGAGGAUAACGAGAUCGGUUUCCCUGAAGGGGUGAAGAUUUCCAAUGUGGAAUUCCCGGAUGAUGACUGGUGGCUUGGUGAGUACAAUGGCAAACAAGGUCUAUUCCCUGCCAACUAUGUUCGCCUGGACGAGUGA